AUGUUAUUGUGCUCCUCCUCCUCCUCCUCCUCUUCCGCCUCCUCAUCCGCCUCCUCCACCACCACCACCACCACCACCCAACGGCGGCCGCUCAGGCAGCCGUCUCGCACAUCACUAACCGCGACACAAAAACCGGCACCACCCCCGGCUCUCCCGACUCCAGCAAUGAGAAUCAGGACUACACCUGCCCUCACUGCGAUCGCACCUUCACCUCACGUAUCGGCCUGGUCGGUCACUUGUGAAUUCAUCACACAGAGACCGGUGAAUCAGUGCCUGGAGCACCAACCUACACCCACCGCACUCGCCUCCACUGCUCACACUGCCCUCGCACCUUCAUGCAUCGCAUGGGUCUAUUCGGCCACAUGCGCAUGCAAGAGAGCGGAAAUAACCACAUUUCCGACACGCCAACCACGCCCAUCAUGCCCAGCACCACCCUCGCACCGUCCAUCUGCGCCACCACCAACGCCUCCUUUGGAGCUGAUUUUGACACCGCCGACUUCACAUGCCCACACUGUCCACGCAAAUUCACCUCACGCAUCGGCCUGGUCGGUCGCUUGCGAAUCCAUCGCACAGAGACCGGAGAACCAGUGCCUGGAGCACCAACCUACACCCACCAAGCUCGUCUCAACUGCCUACACUGUCCUCGUUCUUUCAGGCACCGCAUGGGCCUAUUCUGCCAAAUGCGCAUCCACGACGACCUGCGGUAGACAGCCGCCGGCUACACCACACAUCCUCACACUUCCUACCCUCCCCCACCAUCACCAACACACAUCAACACUCACCCACCGCAUGCACCAACUGCCACCUUCCACGCAAGUGGGAAGUGUGCAUCUUGACUCCGUCCCCACGCGGCUUCGACUGCAUGGGUCAUUUGAGUCCGAGACUAUCCCGACACUUCAAGUGUCGUGGAUAGGAUGGUUGCUGAUUGACGUCCGCUCUCGGUUCACGCAGUUCGUCGCGUUGUGUGUGUGUGUGCUGUGUGGAGUGGCGGACUGGUGGGCUGGGAACGGGCUGAAGCAGCACCUUCCACUGCCCUCUCACGCAAGUGAGAGACACGCCGUUCAACCCCGUUGUGUGAAAUCCUGGUGUUUUUGUGUGUAUAGGGGGGCCAAGUCGUGCUGUGGCGCGCGCAGUCACGGUCAGUCGACCGUGGCAGCCACCGCGCCCGUUCCCCACUCCAGUUUGCCGACCGGCUAG